CAGCUCUAAAUUAUUUGCAAGUCUACUUUAAUCACGACCAGUUCGCAAUGGGCACUCCUCGUCUGACCGUAGUACACGGUCUAAUCCUUCUGCUCCUUGUGGAACUAGGUUUGACUGCGGUUAGUGAUACGGAGUGGGAAGAGUACAAGGCUAAGUACAACAAGCAGUACAGGAUCAGGGACAAAUACCACCGGGCGCUAUACGAACAGAGGGUACUGGCGGUGGAGCGCAACAACCAGCUCUAUUCCCAGGGAGAUGUUGGAUUCAAGAUGGGACUAAACAAGUUCUCCGACACAGAUCAGAGAAUCCUCUUCAAUUAUCGCUCUUCGAUCCCAGCGCCCCUGGAGCCGACUACCAAUGGACUUACAAAAACUGUGAACUACAAGAAGUACGACCAGAUCUCCGAAGGAAUCGAUUGGCGGCAGUACGGCCUUAUAUCGCCAGUGGGAGACCAGGGCACCGAAUGCCUGAGCUGCUGGGCUUUCUCCACCUCGGGCGUCCUUGAGGCCCAUCUGGCGAAGAAGUACGGAAAGCUGGAGCCCCUUUCGCCCAAGCACUUGGUGGACUGUGUUCCCUAUCCGAAUAACGGCUGCAGCGGUGGUUGGGUGAGCGUUGCCUUCAACUACACGAGGGACCAUGGCAUCGCCACCAAGGAAUCCUAUCCCUACGAGCCGGUGUCAGGAGAAUGCCUGUGGAAAAGCGACAGAAGUACAGGCAACUUGUCGGGCUACGUCACUCUUAGCAACUACGAUGAACGGGAAUUGGCGGAGGUGGUCUACAACAUUGGACCCGUGGCGGUGUCAAUUGACCAUCUCCACGAGGAAUUCGAUCAGUACUUCGGCGGAAUCCUUAGUAUUCCGGCGUGCAGAUCUAAGAGACAGGACCUUACACACUCCGUUCUUUUAGUUGGCUUUGGAACCCAUCCGAAGUGGGGCGACUACUGGAUAAUAAAGAACUCCUAUGGAACAGAAUGGGGCGAAAGUGGCUACUUAAAGCUGGCUAGGAACGCCAACAACAUGUGUGGAGUGGCAUCGCUUCCCCAAUAUCCCACUUUUUGAAUAAAAUCGUAUGAUGUCACUGAGAACCUAUCUCCCAGUUAAAAAAACGGUUUUUAUAUCGCUUUUGCAUUGAUGUUCAUUCACAUUAUCUAAAAUUUUAGAUUACAUAAUCAUAACGGUUUCUCGGAAGAGUCAGCGUUAAAUCCACUUACUGAGAAGCAUUUUUACCGAGAAAUCCCAGAGUUUAAGGUCUCGGUCAGAGUCUCUUGCCUCUUAAAUGAAAACGAAAGUUCAACAAAAUAGAAGUUUGCUUCGCCAAGCCGAAGCUUGUAUACCCUUGUGAUUACUUAUUAAAAUAAUUGUGUAUACCAUAUACCGCAUAAAAACAAAGUGUCAACAACAAAAAAACUUUUAAAUGCUUUCUAUUAUUUUCAAUUAACUUUCCACAUUUGAUAGUAUAUGUUGUUAAAAAACUAGAAUGAAUUAAAAAUAAUGAAUGUACUUUCUUUGCCAUAAUAUUCCUAUGGCAUAUAUGUCCGAUAUACUUAUUAUAUUAUAUACUUUCUCCAGUAGAAACAACACUUAUGUGAUUGAUUUAUCCAGAUAACUUUGCAACUAGUUUGCUUCGAUGCGGGCGGAUGAAUAAACGGACAGACAUGGCAAAA